UAGAGCAGGCAUUGCCGUAGUUGCCUUCUGAGUCCUAAGCUUGUGAGUCGCGUAAGAGUGACGGAUCUCCUUGCCGCUAGUUUUGUAUAUGACGACGUGGGUUGGCGGUGGCAGGUUAUUUCAUUAAACUACAUUAAGAAGGAGCCAAAAUGAGUGGGUUUAAUUUUGGCCAGCCCACCACAGGAUUCUCCUUUGGUACGCCAAAGACUGCAGCUGGGGCUGCCCCCACCACUGGUUUUGGGCUGACCAACAGCACACCAGCCCCUGCAGCUGGAGGGGGCUUUUCGUUUGGUUCUGCAAUGCAAACCCCGGCUCAGGCCCCAGCGACGACCGCCCAGACCACCAGCUUCUUCUCCCUGCCUUCUCAGGGAGCUACACAGUCAAGUUUCAGCUUUGGCACCCCAGCACAGAGUAGCAGUACUGGGGGAGGCUUCUCUUUUGGCACUUCCACUCCCAAGCCAGGUCUGGGUCUAACCGCAUCCCAGCCUGCCACAACAGGACUGACGCUGGGCUCCUUGGUAGCUUCCUCCUCGGGCUCAGGGUUCACGUUUGGGGGGGGUCUCUCCGCCCAAACCACAGCUGCUCCUGCAGCAGCGUUGACGUCCCAGCCGCCCACAGGCGGUUUCUCCCUCGGAGGCACUUCCACCACCCAGCCAUCGGGAGGAUUCAGUUUUGGUGUGACCAAAGUUCAGGUCACCACUGCUUCGAGCACAGCUACGGCUGGGGCUGGUUUCUCUUUUGGGGCUGGUACAUCUGCCCCCACAACCCAGCCCACAUUUUCCCUAGGGGGUCCUACGCCCGGUCUUACUCUUGGUUCGACUGUCCCGGCUUCCACAGCUGCAGCAGCCGCAAUCCAGGGUUCUGGCUUUGCUUUUGGAAUCAAACCUUCAGCCACCCCAGCUCCAGCCUCCACCGCUGCUCCUGUUACCCAGGCUGCAGCCCCCUCCCUCUUCUCAGCACCCAUUGCCUCUGCAGCGCCUACGGCUCCAGCGGGAUUCACCUUGGGAUCGGUGACUACAGUGGGCAGCACUGCCACUACAUCAGUGUCCAGUGGCAGCCUGGGUUUGAUACUCAAGCCGACCCUGGGGGCAGUGACUACCAGUGCGGCCACCACAGCAACUGCAUCCACCAGUGGUGCCACGUCAUUCUCCCUGGGCCUGAAGCCUGUAGGCACCAUGGCGCCUGUUAGCACUGUCCUUACCGCCACCUCCACCACCGCCUCUGUCAGUGCCCCGCCAGUGAUGUCUUACACCCAGUUGGAGGCCCUCAUUAACAAGUGGAGCUUGGAGUUGGAAGACCAGGAGAGACACUUUCUGCAGCAGGCCACACAGGUCAAUGCCUGGGACCGCAUGCUCAUCGAGAACGGAGAGAAGAUUACAACCCUGCACACGGAAAUGGAGAAGGUGAAACUGGACCAGAGAAGGCUGGACCAGGAGCUGGACUUCAUCCUUUCACAGCAGAAGGAGCUGGAAGACCUGCUAUGUCCUCUAGAAGAGUCGGUCAAGGAGCAGAGCGGCACCAUCUACAUGCAGAAUGCAGACGAGGAACGGGAGAGGACGUACAAGCUGGCAGAGAAUGUGGAUGCCCAGCUCAAAAGGAUGGCCCAGGAUCUGAAGGAGAUCAUUGAGCACCUCAAUACGUCCAGCGGCCCUGCGGACACCAGUGACCCGCUUCAACAGAUCUGCAAAAUCCUGAAUGCUCACAUGGAUUCCCUUCAGUGGGUUGAUCAAAACUCAGUUCUUCUACAGAGGCGUGUCGAAGAAGUGUCCAAGCUGUGUGAGAGCCGGCGAAAGGAACAGGAAAAGAGCUUUCAUAUCAACUUUGAGUGACUUAAAAUGUAUAGAAAUCGGCGUGCACUUGACUGAGUUUGGGGGAGGGUUAUAGUUGGCUAAAAAAAAUGUUUGGGGAGGUUGGAUUGAGGUUUUUGUUACAAUAAAGGGUUUUACUUUUCA